AUGUUCGGCUCAAGUAAGAGCUUUCGACACGAAAUCCAACUUUACCAUGAUCUUGCUAAAGAUGUCAAAUGGCGAUGGUUUGUCCAUACGAGCAAUAUCCACGACUAUUCUCGAAAAUUGGGAUCUCAUAUUCUCAACGACAGACUGGGAGUUUCUCAAUCCUCGAGGUCACGUAUAGUACCGGGAGGUGGGGUAACAGAGAGCGCUUUACGAUUGAUCAUCAGCACUAUCCCCGGCGACAGUGAAGAUAAAACCCCGGAGCUCGCAAUCGAUAAUCGAGACCAAGGGUUCACACAGCUUCUCGAACUCGCAAUCGCCUGCUGGGAGUACGAAUGUCCAAUAAACGAGCAGUUUCUGGAAUUUGCGAGAGUCGUCCAGAAGAAAUGGACAGCGUGCAAUACGGCUGAGUUCAGCAAAGGCGCAGCCAGGUUAGAAAGGAAGAAGCCGAUCGACUGGAUGUUCAUUGCAUUAGUAUUCAACUGGCACGAUAUAUUCCAGAGCAUGUCCGUGCGCGUUAUCAUAAAGUAUGAUCCCAAGGGGUUUCCAGUUGAAGAUAACGUAAAUCUGCCGUCAGACUUCAGAGACCUUGUAGAUCAGACUAGGCGCCAGAAAGUAACGAACACUUACAACUGCAUCAGGGAUGCAUGGAUUUCCCUUUAUAACCCUGAAGGCAUUCAUGCCGUGAGUAUGGGGAAGAUACACGAGCACUUUCAAGACCCGCGACUCGGUAUUGACUUACGCUGCCCAACCCCUGAGGAUCUUCACGAGCACAUCGAUGCCGAUGGUCUCCUCCACGAGUUUGGAUCUGUAUUGGGAAGACAAGAAGGGAAGGCCAUAGAGCCGCCUUUGUUCGGAAUCGAUGUUACCAGCCCUCCUACGAGGACACGCGGAAGAGGCGGGGGGUUCUCUGCCAUCGCUCGGAUGACAAUACAAUCGGGAUAUGAGAAGUCGAAGAAAUUAGCCCGGAAUAACGCGCCAUUAAGGAGCACGAGUAGCAGUCCAGGUAGUGAUAGUGGGGAUUCUUGGAAACAAGCCCAGUCGUCGCUCGAGUCGAUCGUGAAGCACUGGCGAACAUGUAAUCUGGCUGGCAUCCCAUUCUCCGAGUUUUUCGAUCUCCGAAGUAGGCACAUACAACAGGCAACGUCUGAGCUAUCUCCGCUGGGAAGAUAUCAAAAAUAG